UCCAGUGAACCCUCCCGUGUCUCCCACCCAUACACUUGCUCCCUCCCUCCCUCCCCCUGUCUGAACCGUGACCCGGACCGUAUUCCUCAGCUGUCCAGUCCAACUCCAGUUCAAUACCGGGUUCUCUCCCGGCACCAUGGCCUCCUCUCAGAUGGAUGACCCGCCUAAAAAGGACGUGAUUUCCAAUGAAUUGGUUUGGUUCAACGAUGACUCCGGGAACGGGUUUAUCCUGGGACGGAUUGUUGAGCUGGCUGAAGAGGGUCCUGUGGUUCAACCUCUUGAUCCGUCCCAGCUCCAGGUUCAGGUUGGAUACGACGCUAUAUAUCCAGCUGAAUAUGACCUGGAGAAAGAGGUUGAUGACAACUGUGCUCUCAUGUAUCUCAACGAAGCAACUCUACUCAAUAAUAUUAAACUCAGAUAUGCCAAGGACAAAAUAUACACAUACGUUGCAAAUAUUCUAAUCGCAGUGAACCCAUACUUCGAGGUGAAAAAUCUUUAUAACAGCGAGACCAUUAAGUCCUAUCUGGGCAAGUCCCUUGGGACUAAACCUCCGCAUGUGUUCGCAAUUGCCGAUCAUGCAUUCAGAGACAUGAAAGUGUUGAAGCAAUCUCAGUCAAUUAUUGUAUCCGGAGAAUCAGGAGCUGGUAAAACCGAGUCCACUAAGUACAUUCUCAAAUAUUUAUGUGAUAACUACGGCCGGGAGUCCGGAGUACUGGAGGAGAAAAUACUCCAAUCCAACCCAAUCCUGGAGUCUUUUGGUAACGCCAAAACAACCCGGAAUAACAACUCCUCAAGGUUUGGUAAAUUCAUUGAGAUUCAUUUUGACGGAAAGUGUCAGGUUGCCGGAGGAUAUAUAUCUCACUACUUACUGGAGCGUGCCAGGGUUGUGAGUCAGGGACCACAGGAGCGAAAUUAUCAUAUAUUCUACCAACUGUGUGCUGGAGCUCCGCAACAUCUUCAGGAAUCUCUUCAUCUCUCUCCUCCGGACAAGUUCAGAUAUCUCUCCGGGGGGUGCACGCAGUACUUCAUCUCGGAGAGGAAUAAAGAGUCGGUUCCCGGAAACCGGUUGUCCGAGGCACACCGGAAGUACGGUGGGCUAAAAGAUGGGAUGUUGGACGAUGUGAUGGAUUUCCGGAAAGUGGAUGAAGAUCUCGGUAAUAUUGGAUUGAGUGUUGAGGAGAGGAUGAGCGUGUACACGACCAUUGCAUCUGUCCUUCACCUGGGGAAUAUUCUAUUCCAGGAGGAUACGGAGGACUCCCAUGGAGGAUGCAAGGUCACGGAGCAAAGUGAACCCAGCCUAGCGGUCACAGCAUCCUUGCUCCAGCUAGAGGUUCAGGAACUCAGAUCAGCUCUUACUAGCAGGGUGAUGACAAGUAAAUCUGGAAGUUUCGGGACAGUCAUCCUGGUUCCUCUCAAAUCCUCAGACGCAGCAAGUGCGCGCGACGCACUCGCUAAAUCUUUGUACGCUCGCCUUUUCGACUUCAUUGUCGCUAGGAUCAAUCAGAGUAUUCCUUUUCAGGAAUCCAAGUAUUAUAUCGGAGUUCUGGAUAUUGCUGGAUUUGAAUACUUCACUGUGAACAGCUUCGAGCAGUUCUGCAUCAACUACUGCAACGAGAAGCUGCAGCAGUUCUUUAACCAGCGGAUACUCAAGGACGAGCAGGAUCUUUACAGCAAGGAAGGGUUGGGAGUCAAGAACGUUAGCUUCGUGGAUAACCAGGAUUGUAUUGAUCUAAUAGAAACGAAGUGCAGUGGUAUAUUUAGUUUAUUAGAUGAAGAAUCUAAACUACCCAAGCCAAACUACCAACACUUCACACAACAGCUUCAUUCUAACAACAUCAACCACUUCAGAUUGAACCUUCCUAGGAAAUCCAAGCUCAAGGAGCACCGAGAACUACGGGACGAGGACGGAUUUAUAAUUCGACAUUUUGCCGGAGCAGUUUGCUACCAGACCAGGUUCUUCAUAGAGAAGAAUAAUGAUGCACUCCACGCCUCCCUGGAGGCCGUGGUGCAGGAGUGCAAGAACCCGUUUAUCCAGAACCUGUUCCCAGCUGGAGAAGAUUUCAACAAGAGGCAAGGGAAACUUAACUUUCUCUCGGUUGGGAGUAAGUUUAAAACCCAGCUCGGAGAUCUGAUGACAAAACUGCGGUCGACCGGAACCAACUUUAUCCGAUGUAUUAAACCCAAUGUAAAGAUGAUUGCACACAGUUAUGAGAGUGGGAGUGUAUUGUCCCAGCUGCAGUGUGCAGGUAUGACAACUGUACUGGAGUUGAUGCAACAAGGUUUCCCAAGCCGUGCACCCUUCUCCGAGUUAUACAAUAUGUACAGAGAUUUUCUUCCUCCAAAUCUUGCCAGACUUGAUUCAAGGCUAUUCUGUAAAGCUCUCUUUAAGGCUCUGGGUUUGAACGAUAAAGAUUUUCAGUUUGGAAUGACUAAGGUAUUCUUCAGGCCCGGCAAGUUUGCUGAGUUUGAUCAAAUGAUGAAAUCGGAUCCAGAAAAUCUGCGAAAACUGAUUGAAAAGGUGAAGAAAUGGUUGAUCUGUAGUAGAUGGAGAAAGGCGCAAUGGUGUGCUCUGGAGGUUAUCAAGUUGAAAAAUAAGAUACUGUAUAGGCGUGCAGCACUUGUAUCUAUUCAGUCUAAUAUUAGGAUGUAUUUGGCUAAGAAGCAACAUGCUCCUCGAUACCAAGGGAUCAAGCAGCUCCGGACCCUGAUAAGUCAGGUUGAGCAGAUUAGAGAUCUCGGGAUGAAUCUCAAGGACGGAAAGGAUCAAGUGAACUCCACCGCGGACGAAAUGGUUUUCAGGAUAGAAGAAAGCAUCUCCAGGAUUAAACUGAGUCCAAGAAUUCAAAGCCACGCUAUAGAAAGCAUGUAUCAAGAUCUUCUCAUGAGCAUAAAGAAGGAAGUGAAAAAUGCCGAGCGAAAGAUUGAGCAGGAAAAGAUCCAAGCUGAACAGGAGAAACUACGACGUCUUCAAGAGGAAAUGGAACGUGAACGUCGACGAAAGGAAGAAGAGAGACUGGAGCAGGUUAGGUUGGAAAGUGAGAAAAUUCAAAAGAUUGAGAUGGAGAACAGAAGAAAGCAGGAGGAAGAGGAGGAACGAAGGUUGGAACGGGAGGAGAGAGACAAGAACCAGGCCCUAGCUCUACAAAGACAGUUAGAGGAUGCUGAGGCAAAAUACGCUGCUCUACAGAAACAGAUGGAGCAGGAAAGAAGAGAUCACGAACUAGCACUGAGACUGGCUGCAGAGAGCAGAGGAGGAGUAGAAGAGGUUAUCCGACCUGAGAAUAAAAUUCCAGAGAAAAAGAAAGAGAAUGGACUUCCUUCUCCGACCAGUAAAUUUGAUCUUUCAAAGUGGAAAUAUGCGGAGCUCCGAGACACAAUAAAUACCUCCUGUGAUAUUGAACUACUGGAAGCAUGUCGGGAGGAAUUUCAUAGAAGACUCAAGGUUUACCAUGCUUGGAAAGCGAGGAACAAGAAAAAGAGUUCAACAUUUGAUGAGAAUAUGAGAGCACCAAGUAUGCUGAUGGAAGAGUCUGCUAAACCAACCCACGGAACAUUAAAGAAACCUAUCACUGCGACCAGCCAAAGGUAUUUCAGAAUUCCAUUUGUUCGACCAGAGGCUGGGGUUGUUGUCGAACCGGCGCACCAGAUCGGUCGAGGAUGGUGGUACGCGCAUUUCGACGGUCAGUGGAUUGUUCGACAGAUGGAGUUGCAUGAGGGAAAACCUCCGAUCCUUCUUGUGGCCGGGAAAGACGACAUCAAUAUGUGUGAACUAAGCCUCGAGGAAACCGGGUUGACGAGAAAGCGAGGGGCCGAGGUGCUCGAGUCCGAGUUCGAGAAGGAGUGGAGCAAACACGGAGGAAAACCUUACUCACUCCUAAGUGAAAGAAAACGCCAUUGAAAGAUGCCAUUUUUAAAUUGUUUGAUCUCAACCCAGAAUCUAGUUAUGCAAGGAGCUUCCAACUACAGAGAUAUCUAAGUCGAAUAAAUUUGGUUGACAGGGAACUAAUCAUAUUUUCUCCUUGUCCCCAACCGGUGAGGGAAGGGAGUGGGAUGGCGGGAGGGAGGGAUAUUCAUGAAUUUUAUAUAAUAUGGAACUGAAAUCUUAACUUUUUCCUUUACAACUUUCAAUAUUGCAUUUUAGUCCGGAGUGUGAUUUUUUAUAAUCUUUUAAUAAUUUUCUGUGUGAAUAAUAACAAUGAUAAUAUAGUAGAACAGAUGCAAUCUUUAAGUGGUAUUACUUCAAUACUCACCAUUCACCAACCUCAAGGUGUUUCUGAUCAAUUGUAGUUGACACAUUGAAAUCUCAAUUUUGAUAUGAAAUUAAUGUAAAAACUCUCAACAAUAUUCAAUUUUUAUUGAUAAUAAAUUUAACUUAUAGUAUUUGUAGUUUAAUAAACGCUUUAAAAGACA